UGCUCCAAAUCUACUGGCUGCGCUCCCAAGCCUCAGGUUCGGACUCUCCACAUUUUGAACGGCCACGAUUUCAUGUCUCCGCGAUCUUAAAACGCCAUUCUCAUUUCAUUUCUUCUCAGAAAGCUGAGCUCUGUGAAGCGAGAGUGACGAGAGUGUUGUGUGUUUUUGGUCGGCGAGUUUCAUAUUGGAGUUUUUGGACGGAAAGCAUGGCGGAGAACUCUGAGAAUUCGGGGAUUACUGGUGAAUCGUUGAUGGAGAAGAUCACGGAGAAGCUGCACGGCGACGAUUCGUCGUCAUCUUCUUCUUCUUCUUCUUCCGACUCCGAGACCGAGAAGCUGGCGUCGCCGUCGCCUGUGAAGGAGAAGAUUUUCCGUUUGUUCGGGAGGGAGAAACCGGUUCACAAGGUUCUCGGUGGUGGAAAGCCUGCUGAUGUGUUCUUGUGGAGGAACAAGAAGAUAUCUGCAGGAGCACUGGGUGGAGCCACUGCAAUCUGGAUUCUAUUUGAUUUGCUUGAAUACCACCUGCUCACUCUUGUCUGCCACAUUUUGAUAGUAUCUCUGGCAAUCUUGUUCUUGUGGUCCAACGCUUCUACUUUUAUUAACAAAUCGUCACCGCGCAUUCCAGAAGUUCAUUUUUCUGAGAAUUCUUUCCAUGAGGUUUUCUCUGCUGUGAGGAUUGAAAUCAAUUGUGUUUUUGCUGUCUUGCGGGACGUAGCAUCUGGAAGAGAUCUGAAGAAGUUCCUUGCUGUUAUUGCUGGCUUGUGGAUUCUGUCAAUUGUGGGGAGUUGGUGCAAUUUCUUGACCUUGUUUUACAUAUCUUUUGUCUUGCUACACACGGUGCCUGUUCUCUACGAGAAGUACGAGGACAAGGUUGACCCAUUUGCAGAGAAGGCAACAAUCGUAAUCAAGAAGCAAUAUGCCGUGUUUGAUGCCAAGGUUUUAAGUAAGAUUCCCAGAGGGCCAUUGAAAAAUAAGAAUGCAUAGUAAAAAAGAAGUUACACAUGUUGGCAGUCAUUUGGUUGGUAGCAGCUCUUUUUUCAGGAUGUGGUCGUGCUUGCGUUCCAUACUCAUAAACAUUCUGGCAUUUUAUGGUUAUUGGGUUCGAGAUUUUAGAUGGAACUUGUGCCUCGUGGGCUGAGUUCCCAGUUGUAGGCUUUGUUGUGCCUUUUAUAAUUAUUAUAAAUGAUUUUUGUGUUGGCAUUAA